AUGCUGUCAGAAAUCGAGGAAGAGGAGUCGGACGACGAGCCUGCCUUCUCUCUCCCCUCCGUCCGUAAUGUGUCUCCUGCUGACAGCAAGCCUCGAAUGGAGCCGGCCAAGGACAUCGGCUCCACAGACCCCGGCUCGGAAAUGAAAGUCUGUCCGGCCGACUGGCACAAGAGCCACAUGGCAGCGAUCAGCAGCGUGAAGUUGGACAGUCUCCUGAAAAAAUAUCCAGAGUUCCAAAACUGCAAGAGCCACAUGGCAGCGUUCGUCCUGAUAAGAGAGGUGUUGAACGCAGCAGGUCGUCACUGUCAGCAGUACCGGGUGGUGGCGGUGGGAAGCGGCUCCUGGAGCAGCAACAGUUGGCUCUGCUACGACGGCCUGAUGGUCCACGACUGCCACGCCUUAAUGGUCGCCAGGAGGGCUCUCCUCAGGUUUCUGUACAAACAGCUUCUCCUCUUCUUUGAUGGCGAUCCAAAGGCCAGAGAGAGCUGCGUCUUCGAGAGCAGCGCAGACAGCCACCAGCUCCAGCUCAAGCCCAAGACCAGCCUGCAUCUCUUCACUAAUCAGUGUCCCGAAGGAGCCGCCACGAGCUUCUUCCACCACAGCUCCGGACACAACCGGCUGCUGUACCACGCCAAAGACCUGCUGAUCCCCGUGGCCCAGCUGGAGCCCAGUCUGCUGGGCGCCAAGGUCUGCUGCAUGUCGGGCUGCGACAAGCUGUGCCGCUGGACGGUCACCGGCGUCCAGGGCGCUUUGCUGAGCCACUUCAUGAAGCCGCUCUACAUCAGCAGCGCGGUGCUCGGAGGCCAGAAGACGCUGUGGGAGGAUGUGUGCGACUACGCCAACAAGCGGCUCCGCGACGACUGGGACGGCCUCUUGCCGGCGCACUACAAGAAGCACGACAUCCGCUUCCUCUUCAGCGACUCCGUGGGGCCCUCCGUAGAGUCCCAGCAGCGGGCCGGGCUGAGCGUCAACUGGUGCCUGGGAGACGGGGACAUCGAGGUCCUGGACAGCAGCACGGGAUACGUCUUCAAGAGGUCUCCCUCUGUGGGGCCGGACCUCUCCAGCAGAAUCUGCAAGCGAGCCCUCUACAGUUACUUCCUCCGAGUGGUGCGGCUGGAGGGGCGGAGCCACCUGGCCAGGCUUCCCACCUACCGCAGCGUGAAGAUGGAAGCCGCGGCGUACCAGUCGGUCAAACAGCUGGUCAAACAGCACUUCCUGACCGUGAACGCAGGGCCCUGGAUCUCCAAACACCUGGUGGACUGCUUCAGCGCUUGA